GUUAGCUAGUUUCUCACUAUAGACUUAAAUUACAGUUUAGCUAACUAAUGUUUGCUAGUUUCUACCUUUAGCCUUAAGUUACAGUUAAGCUAACUAAUGUUAGCUAGUUUCUCACUUUAGCCCAAAGUUAGUUUAGCUAAUUAGCUAGCUGAUAGCGCGCCCUUUCAUUUCCAGUGUUGGAUUGUCAUUUGUUUUCACUCAGGAAUUCAAGAGUUUUACCUGGUUGGGUAAUUGUUAAUUGUUAUGUUGAAAAUGUUAUUAAUUAUUACUACUAUUGAGCUGCUGGACACUCAAAUUUCCCCUAAGAGAUUAAGACAUAAUUGCCCCCCCGCCUGCCAUUGUAUAAUUUGCACUCUGUUCCCGAGUGUCAGACAUACAGUAGCCUAUAGAGGAGAGGUGUCCAACCUGAAAGACCAUAUACGUCAUUGUUUUUCAACCCUCUAAUACAACCCAAUGCACUGUCUCCUGAAAUACUGCCUCUAUGGCACAGGCGUACUGGACCUUGGUUCUCGUGGCAAAAAUAAUAAAUAAAUAAAUGCGAUAUUGUGCCAACAUGACAUGGGAAUUUAAUGUUUCACCUAAACCAGCAAUCCUAUAAUUUGUAGAAGGAGCUGAGAGAUGGUGCCCUUCCUUCAAUGCUAAAUAAUCUUAAAUCUUGUUUGUAGUAAAGUGUAGAGUGUUUCAGAGAAAUGUCAGCCUCUUUUAUGAAUCGUCAAACAGGAAGUAACACUGUUCCUCUGAUACUGGGAGGCAUAAUAAACUAGAGAGAGGACUUUGGACUGAGUUCACAACUUCUACUGAAAUACAACAGCCACAAGACAAAACACGGAAAUACUGAAGACCAACACGUCCAGCUGCUAUUGAUCUCUGAGCAGACCAUAUAACUCCAAGAGACAUUUCCAACAGAGGUAGGAAACCACGCAGGACUUGCUUCCAGUUUGACUGCUGUGUUUUCAUCUUCACUCUGAGAGACAAUGUCUGCCCAGUCAGAGGACGAUCUCUCCUGUCCAGUCUGCCAGGAUAUUUUCAAAAAUCCUGUUGUCCUGUCGUGCAGCCACAGCUUUUGUAAAGACUGUCUGCAGAGCUGGUGGAGAGAGAAACCAAUACAGGAGUGUCCAGUUUGUAAGAGGAGAUCAUCAAAGAGUGAUCCACCUCGUAACUUGGCUUUAAAGAACCUGUGUGAGACUUUCUUACUGCAGAGAGAUCAGAGAGCUUCAGCAGGGUCAGAGUCUCUCUGCAGUCUGCACUCUGAGAGACUCAAACUCUUCUGUCUAGACCAUCAGCAGCCAGUUUGUGUCGUCUGUCUGCAUUCAAAAGCACACAGUAAUCACAGAUUCUGUCCCAUCGAUGAAGCUGCACAGGAACGCAAAAAGGAGCUCCAGGAAUCCCUGAGCCCUUUACAAGAGAAACUGAAGCUGUUUGAACAAGUUAAAGGAAAUUAUGAUCAAACAGCAGAACACAUUAAGGUCCAGGCCCAACGCACAGAGAGGCAGAUUAAGGAGCAGAUUAAGAAGCUUCAUCAGUUUCUAGAGGAGGAAGAGGAGGCCAGGAUCACUGCUCUGAGGAAGGAAGAGAAGCGAAAGAGUCGGAUGAUGAAGGAGAAGAUGGAGGCUCUGAGCAGAGAGAUAGCAGCUCUGUCACACACAGUCAGAGCCACAGAGGACGAGCUGAGAGCUGAAGACGUCUCAUUCCUGCAGAACUACAAGGUUACAGUGGAAAGAGUCCAGCAGCGCCCCCUGCUGGAUGAUCCACAGCUGGUCUCAGGAGCUUUGAUAGACAUGGCCAAACAUCUGGGCAACCUGACCUUCAACAUCUGGAACAAGAUGAAGGACAUGGUCUCCUACAGUCCUGUGAUUCUGGAUCCAAACACUGCUCAUCCAGACCUCAUCCUGUCUGAGGAUCUGACCAGUGUGAGACGUGGAGAGAAACAGCAGCUUCCUGACAAUCCAGAGAGAUUUGAAACCUUCACCUCCAUCCUGGGCUCUAAGGGUUUUAACUCAGGGACUCACAGCUGGGGCGUUGAUGUUGGAGACAGUAAAUUCUGGUUUUUGGGAGUGGCUACAGAGUCUGUGAAGAGGAAAGGAAAAAAACGGUCUGGAAUGUGGAGAAUAGGAUUGUCUAAUGGUAAAUAUAAAGCCUUCUCCCCAUCAGGCCGAUCAGUUAUUCUGUCAGUGACGGAGAAGCUUCAGCAGAUCAGAGUUGAGCUUGACUGUUUCUUCAGAGACUUGUCUUUCUCUGAUCUCAAUACUGAUGAGCACAUUUACACCUUCAACUGCAGUGGUGAGAAGAAGUUGUUUCCAUUCAUUGGCAAUAGAGAUGAAUUCCCCAUUCCGAUUUUACCACAGGAGGAUGAGGAUUAUGACAGCGAUAAUGACGGUGAUGAUGGUGAUGAAGAUGAUGAUGAUGACGACAAUAAUGACAGUUACGAUGACGACGACGGCGAUGAUGAGUGCUACCCAUACAACGCUUGUGGAUUUAAAUAAAGUUAAUCUAACUGAAUCUGACUUUAUCUAAUGUCAUUUCAGUGUAUCUGUAUCACAAUGAUUACUCUAGUAGCAGCAGUGAAAUAAACCAAGAGCAGGAAAAACACGUGAGAUGAACAUGAAACAACUCUGACGAUGAUCCUGUCUGUAAAAGUAGAAUCAUUUUAAUUCUGAUCUCAGUUAUUUUAUCUUAUUUUGUUUUGAGAUUUGAGAUUUUUUAUGAUGGUGGUGAUUUAGAAACUGAAGUUGUCUCAGUUUUUAUUUUUGUUGUUGUUAUGAAAUUAUAAUGUCUUGAGGAAAUAUGAAAACAUUUCCAACAUACAGACGAUCCUGUAUGAGACAGAGUAAGAGACACUUUAUUUUGGUGAUUCAGGAACUGAUAUGACAAAAUAUCUUAUAUUCUAAUUUGCUCUUUAUUUUAUACAUUAAUAUUUACUCUUGAUAGUCCUGUUUUUUUGCCUUGCUCCUGUUGUUUCUUUAUUGAUCCUUGUUAUAUACUGUAGGUUGCUUGUGUAUUUUUGAAAGGAUUUCUUCCUCCUCUUUGGCGCCCCCUCCAGUUGGUCUAAAUGCCGAUAAACAGCCAUGAAAGAUCAUUUUGGGGGUAGAAAUGAUGUAAAGUUGGUGAUUUAGUAACUGAAUCUGUCACUACUGUUGCUUUCAUUGUAAAUCAAAAAAAUCAGAUACAUGUAAACAAAAUGUAAACUUUGAAUUACUGGAAUAAACUUACUCUCAGUUUCUCCUCCA